UCAGAAAACUUUCUGGAGAUGAUCCACGUAUCUCAGAAUAAUACGAACGUAUUGUUCUCAGAAGUUUACAAAAAGAUGGACGGUUUUGCCCGUGUGCCUGUAUCCCAACUGUAUACAGACCUGUCUUCCUAUAUUUCUGGACAGUCAUUAGAACUCGAAGCCCGCGUGACUGCCUUUUUUGACUUGCUCUUCCCACUCGUUUAUCAUCAUUCCAUAAACCCGAAGCUGAAAGACUUCAGUGAAGACUAUAAAGAAUGUUUGCGUCAGACCCAGCAAGAAAUCCGACCAUUCGGAGAUAUCGCUGAUCGAGUAACUCUUCAUGUGACAAGGUCUUUCAGUGUUGCCCGGACUUUGUUGGAAGCUUUGCAAGCUGGCGUCGAAGUCAUAGCUGCUACGGACCACAUGCAUUUUAGGCCGGACUGCAACGCCGGCCUUACAAAACUGGUGUACUGUUCUCAAUGUGCGGGUUACGCUAAGGCGAAACCUUGCAGUGGUUAUUGCUUGAAUGUUGUAAGGGGCUGUCUAGCUCAUGUUGCGGAACUGGAUCAACCGUGGAGUGAUUACAUUAGUGGACUAGAAAGACUGACUUCAGGCCUUGUCGGUUCUUAUAACAUUGAAGAAGUCCUAAGCGUUUUGGAUACUAAAAUUUCUGAAGCAAUCAUGUAUGCUAUGGAGAAUGGGCCUGAACUUUCCAAGAAGGUGAAAGCUGCUUGUGGCCAUCCUCGACGUGCUACCAGAGAUGUAACAGAGCCGAAUGCUCUUCCAUCUGGCUCUGUACCGGGCCGCAUCGUUCCUGUGCGAUCGACAGAGGAAAGUCUCUAUUCCCGCCUUCAACAAGUGGUUCAGAGGUUGACCGAAACAAAAGGACAUUAUGCCAAUCUAGCUGACAUUGUCUGUAGUGAUGAAUCCUGGGCCGUUCGCGAAGAAGGACAAUGCUGGAAUGGUGCUGCUCUAGGACAGUACACGAACACGAUCGCUGGCGUCGGCGUUGCAGCGCAGAGAUACAAUCCCGAGAUGAAAUCCCCCGACUCGGACGACCUCGUCGUGAUGGCGCUGGACGAGAAGCUGCAGAGGAUGAGCAGGGAAUUGAGGCUGAUCAUUACUCCUGAACUUCCCCAGUCUGAUUCUCACAUGGUGGAAGGAAGUGGUAGCGGUAGCUGGAUGCGGAAUCAAGUUGGAGAUGAUGAAGACUACGACAGAGGAUCCGGUAGCGGAGAUGGAGGAGGGACAAAACCUAGUGACUUCAACUUUGAUAUCCGUGAUUCAGGAGAUGUGAAUAUCAAAGUCAAGGAUAGCAGUGCCAUUUCCUUUACCAGUAGUAGUGCCCUAAUGUCUGCCAUGCUACUAGUCACAUUCUUAUUUAGGAUCACAGGCCUGAGGUCACAGUGACUCUACAUGUGAAGUUACGUGAAUCACAGUGCCAUUUAGAAGAUAUUCAAUAUAUGUAUAUGUAUGGAUGAGUCGGAAUAUUUAAAAUAAAAAAAAAAAAAAAAA